GCCGUCGUCAGUGUACGUAUUAUUGCGUACAGGCGGUUGUACGAGUAGUCAGCGCUUAAUCACCGGCGCUGGUACAACAGACACGCAUCGCUUGUUCCGCCCUUUCUCGCGCGGAGCUUCGGAAAAGCGAAUCGGAGUAAACGCAAAUUGAGAGUGCUCGCGAAAGUACAUCGUUCUUUGAUUUGACGCUUUUUAAAGUGACCUAAAACGAGUUUCUCUCCUUUAAUAUUUGCCAAUUUUUUUUUCUAAGAAAUAAGUUAAUUACCUAGUGUUAGAUAGAAGGGCCGCAUUAAUUGAAAACUGAUGUGAUAAUUUGCAAUUAUUUCUUAUGCGUUGUGUGCGCAUACAUUUCCUCUUUCGUCGAGGGACAAAAAGUGAGAUAACCAACGUGACACUAGCGAUCGAAGCAUAUGCAAUGUGUGUUUGUCAAUCUGUCAUCUGCUUUCGCUUACGAUGACGUAAAUGCUACUAUCAGCGAAUCUCAUCUUCAACAGAGAUUGCAGGUCAAUAUGCGUACUUGACGGACGAGGACUGAGGCUCGCAUUCACUCGUUUCUCGUUUGAGCAUAAUAUAGUGGUUUGUAAUAUUCGCCAGGCCAUGUGUCACACAACGGCCAAUAUGAUUCUCUGCAGCGUUCUCGGCUGAAUGUCGAGUAAUUUGAAUUCGUGCGAAUUACAAUCGAUAACUUUAACGAGAGCUCUCUCGGCGUUAAAGGAUAAACGGUCUGUUAAAUAAAAUAAGCGUGUCCCGAUAUCAUUCGAGCGCGCCUUUAAAACGUCGACAUUCUAACUUGUAGAGUCGAGGACGAGUCGUAUUUUUAGUACGGUCUAAAAUCGUAGCGUUGCUGCGAAGUUCGCGAGUGAAUUUUGCAACCUCAGCGAAGCGCUGGACCACGGGGAUCGAAAGUGCAAAAAUUCGCCCAUUUGAGGAUUGUCAAAAAGUGAUCAUUUUACUUAAUACUAAACAUUAUCCGCCGACUCGUGACGUCGAUUGCGAUCUUCAAGUUAAUUUAGCUUCUUAGUUUCCUGGAAAAAUCCGGUUUUGUUUGAGAUUCGAGGAAUGAGUUAACUGCGAAGCAAAGACUGAAAAUAGACGAGGAUCUUACGUUGAAACUUGUGACGAUAACAAUAUAUUUACAGUCGAAUGAUUCAGGGAUUAGAAAAUAGUAGACUGCUAUUCCAGAGUAUUUAAUCGCGAUGCGACUGACGUUCCGUGGAUUUCAUUUCCGUGUGAUCGCAAUGUGGUGCACGGGUAUCGUUUUACAUGAGUGCUAAUACUGCGUUGUAACGUUUGAAUUGAGACCAUUGCGCCUAUUGUACUUCCACUCGACAAACUGUGUCAUAAAAACAAACAUCUGCUAUGCAGAUGCGGAUCAGCGAAAUACAAACGUAAAGCGUGCUCUACCGCGGAAGCCGUGUUCUCUACAAAAAUUUUUCGCGAUGACGAGGUACAAACAGGCCGAAUUCGAGGAUGAAGACAGCAGCAGCAUCGGCUCCGUCGCCCUAAAUAGCGAAGGCAUCAGUACAUCCGCCACGCAUAUAAGAUAUCAUACGGGUACAACAAUGUGGAAGGCGAGAAGUAUUUUGGAAAGAUGCCUUCUCAUAAUUUGCGGUGUUUUGCUGUUAACAAUCUUGGUACUUGCCAUUGUGAUCAGCAGCAAAAAUGGCUGGGACGACGCUCAGAUUCUUCACGUCUCUCACGAAGAUGGCCGCACGCAUUGCCUCACGGAACAGUGUGUAACGGUGGCGGCUUCCUUAAUUAAUAGUAUAGAUUAUUCCGUCGAUCCAUGUGAUGAUUUCUACGAGUACGCAUGCGGCGGCUGGAGAAAGAAAAAUCCCAUUCCGGAUGGGAAGAACGUGUGGGGCACGUUCGGCAAGCUGGAACAGGAUAAUCAACUGGUCGUCAAGAAUGUUCUGGAGAAACCGCUUAGCGAGAUGAAAUCAAAGGCCGAGAAGAAGGCCAAGUAUUAUUAUUUGUCCUGCAUGGAUGCGAAUGAGACGAUCGAGGCGCUUGGGGCGAAGCCGAUGCUGGAAUUGUUGGAAAAUAUCGGCGGUUGGAACAUCUCUGGCAAAUUCAACAUCAGCGCGUGGUCGCUUCAAAAUAGUAUGCAUAUUCUGCAAAACGUGUACAAUAUGGGCGGUCUAUUCUCCUGGAGCGUGAACGAGGACGACCGUAACAGCACUAGACACAUAAUUCAGAUUGAUCAAGGAGGUUUAACACUACCAACUGCGGACAAUUAUCUCAACGUAACUGAACAUGGCAAAGUCUUAGCCGCCUACUUGGACUACAUGACGAAGAUCGGCGUGCUCCUAGGUGGCGAAGAGAAUGUCACGAAGAAACAGAUGCAGGAUGUAAUUGAUUUCGAGACGAGGCUCGCGGAGAUUACUAUACCGCCUGAAGAUCGCAGGGACGAGGAGAAAAUAUACAAUUUAAUGUCGUUAAAUGAAAUGCAACGUAAAGCACCUUUCAUGUCGUGGGUAGAUUUCUUCCAAAACGCCACACGUCUCGUGAACAAGAAGAUUAACAGUAAAGCAAUGAUCGUAAAUUUUGCACCGGAGUAUUUCAUAAAACUGACGAAAAUCGUGCAGGACUAUAAUAAGACAACUACCGGAAAGAUAAUUCUGAAUAAUUAUCUGGUUUGGCAGACCGUGAGAUCCUUGACAGCGUUUCUCUCGAAACCAUUCCGCGAGGCUUACAAGGGCUUGCGGAAAGUUUUGCUCGGCUUGGAAGGCCACGAGGAGCAAUGGCGUUAUUGCGUCAGCGAUGUUAAUAACGCCAUGGGUUUCGCCAUUGGCGCGAUGUUUGUCAGAGAGGUUUUUCACGGCAAGAGUAAGCCCAUGGCGGAGGAAAUGAUCAAUGAAAUUCGCAACGCAUUCACGAAAAACUUGAAGAAUCUAGACUGGAUGGACGCAGAGACGAGAACUUCUGCCGAGGAGAAAGCAAACGCGAUCACCGACAUGAUCGGCUUCCCGGACUUCAUUCUGCAGCCCAGCGAACUCGAUGAGCGUUACAGGGAUCUGACGAUCAGGCAGUACGAAUAUUUCCAGAACACGUUGCGCGUGAACAAGUACAGUUUCCGUAAAAAUCUCGAGAAACUUGAUCAGGUGGUGAAUAAGACCAUUUGGAUAAUGACACCGCCGGCCGUGAAUGCUUAUUACACACCUACCAAAAAUCAAAUAGUCUUCCCUGCUGGUAUCCUUCAGAGUCCGUUCUACGACAUGAAAAAUCCCAGUAGUUUGAACUUCGGCGGCAUAGGCGUGGUUAUGGGGCAUGAAUUAACGCACGCCUUCGAUGACCAAGGUCGACUGUACGACUUGCACGGAAAUCUGCAUCACUGGUGGAACAACGCUACGAUAGAGCGAUUUAAAAAUAGAACCGAAUGCUUUGUGGAACAAUAUAACCAUUAUCAAGUACAAGGUCGAAAUAUAAAUGGCCGACAGACGCUGGGAGAGAAUAUCGCCGACAACGGGGGCCUUAAGGCAGCGUUUCACGCUUAUCGUUCGAUGUUUAAGAGCUACGAAGAUCAACUGCCGCUACCCGGUCUCAAUUUGACGCAUCGUCAACUAUUCUUCCUGAAUUUUGCACAGAUUUGGUGCUCCUCCAUAACGGCCGAGACGGAGAUUCUUCAAAUCGAGAAGGAUACUCAUAGUCCGCCGAGGUACAGGGUGAUAGGACCACUUUCGAAUCUGCCAGAAUUUGCGACGGAAUUUAACUGCCCUAAGAACGUGAAGAUGAAUCCGGUACAUAAGUGCGAAGUGUGGUAACGCCUCCUGUUUAUCCUAACUGAUUCAUCGAGGACAGUUUGGUUGAACUUGAUUUUCGGUGUCGUGGGGAGAGCGCUGUGGCUUCCAUGUGCCGUUGUGUAACGGAAGACACGUGUCUGGAACAUAGGACUUGCUUCGGGCAUCGGACUAUGUGUGCAUUUUUUAAUUCCUUCACAUAUCACCGUGAGAAUAACUACUUAAAUUUCAUAGAUCUUCUAUCAGCGUAUGAUUUUAUCAAAAUGUUCAAACGUGCGAUCUCGAAGGUAGUCAGGAAACCUUUUUCACACCUUUGACACCUUUUUCAGCCGCGGAAAUUUAUUUGCUAAUUUCAUAUCAGUGUCACUCUCUUAUCAUUUACUCUGACAUUCUAUUUCAGAGUUAAAAGUUUAUUUAAAAAAAUCUAAGCUGGCGAUGAUUAUUCUUCGAACCUUUUUACUAUUUUUUUUUGUUCAACUAUCUAAUUUGUGGAAUUAAUAAUUCACACUAAAUUCUCAAUCAGCAAAUAAAGACUUAUACGAGUUACUUAGAUCGUGCGGAAUAUCAUACGCAUUUUUAAUGUCAUAAUGACAGAAUCCACUAGCGUUUUAAACUUAUAUAUUGAGAAAGUUUUUAUUUUAUUAUAUAAAAACUACUUAUUUUACUAGACGGAGAAAUCGGUCGUUGAAAUUGUGGUAACGCGACACGAUACUCUAUCGCUGAUGUCAAGGAAAGUAUUUUUAAAUGUGCUUAAUUGUGCUAAAUAUUUUUCUCCUGUGCCACCUAGCAUACACUUGACAUUUAAGCGAAUCGGAGACCCGACUUUUCCGUUUGGAAAGACGUCUCCGGAAAUAAAAAAUAAUUCAAAAAAAGAAAUAGUGGAAAGAUUUUAUUUCGUGAAACUACGAAUACUCUUUAAAAUCAGAAAUUGUCUUUAGAAUUUCCUUCGGUGCUGAAGAGGCUGUAAAAAGUAAAAAGAGAUUUCACAUGCGAUUUCUGAUUACAUAAAAUGAAUAUUUAAAAUAAAUUUUGCAGAAAUUAAUGAUUUUCAAUUUAAUUUGAGUAUUAUAUUUUUUACGAGAUGUGAUACUAUCACGAGAUGUGAUACUAUCAGCUGUACUUGCAUAAGUAUUGUUUACGAGACGUUGUUUGAGCUUAUGCCUACACAGAAUCAAAGUAUAAUUCUAUAUGUACUUUCUCUUUGUUUCGACUUGUAUUAUAAUAUUAAAGUAUUGUAUAAUUGUAUGCAGAAGUUUUUAAUAUUUUAUUGAUAAAGAUUAUACGGCAUAUUUGUAAAUAAUGUGAUUUCUAUCGAGAAGCUUAUGCAUCUGUCACAAGGAUGGCGUAGACCUUUGCUUGUUAGCAUUAAUUUCCUUUUUGUAAUUUAAUAGAAAAUGAAAAUCUCAACGCAAUAACCAGCCAUGAUCCGGAGUUCAUUCAAAAUGCUAAAGUUUUGUUGUAAAUCUUUCAUUCUUGUUACUAUAUUUGCUCAGUCAUUGGCUCCAAUUAUUGCUGUGAACAUAAUACGAAUAUUGCAGCUCGAGUGAGUCUUGCACAUUUCAAAAGAGAUGCCAAUCAAAAUCUGACCUUUUUUAUUGCAGAGUGAAAAUACAAGUCCACGCAGCAUCAUUUCAUACGUGAAACAGAGUAUUAUAGGUAGUCAAAUCUUUUAUUGUAUAUUGAAUAAGGUACACUUAUUAUCCAUGCACGUAACCAAUUUAUUUAAGGUCUUGCGAUCCCAAUAAUUAUCGCGACAUUCAUACGAACCGCAACAGAGCGGAAAGAAGAAUAUCGACAACACUAAUUAAACACGAUUACGCUUAACUUCGUUUUAAGUUGCGCCAUCAAACAUUGAGAAAAUACGUUAUUCUCGACGGAAUGUUGUAAUGUUAAUCCUAGAAGAGUCCACGAACCCUAUACGAUUCCAUACAAUCAUUACUGAAUCACAAAUGUCAUAAAUACAUUUCUCUUUUUAUUUUUCUUAUUGAGCAAUAAGGAGAUCAGAGGAAUUUAGUUUGUCGGGAUCUUUAAGAAGAAAAUCUUUAGGCAGAAAAUAAUCAAACGUACUAAUACAUUUUUAUGCUCGAGGGGAGUGUGGUGUCUCGUAAGAUAGAGAGAUACUAUAGAGGUCCGUUGGAUAUAUCUAGGAUUAAAUCUAGGGUAUUAGCAUUAAGCUCGUCAGAUUUGAAAAAUCGACGAUCCAAAUGCGGAAGCGGGGAAACACUGAAACUGCGGUGCAUUCGAAUCUACGAUUCCUUGCCGUAAUUCUCCCGUUCUCGCUCUCUCGCUUCCGCAUCCCCUUGUUGGAGGGUCAUAGGUGGCAAAGUACCACGUAAAGAGAAGCCAAAGUUUCUUUAAUUACAAUUGUAAGAUCCAUAUAGGCCUUAAAUAUAUGACGCCGAUGCAUAAUGCAUUUGUAAAUGUCUGUUGUUUAUAAUUGUGAAUAAUGUCUUGUAACAAUGAGAGGAGCACGUCGUUUCUGCGGUUAUAAGAUAUUGUUGCGCGUUGUAUUUUAAGAUACA